AUGUCAGCUAGAGGACUUUGCAAUUUCUGCAAGAAAGACAAGGAGAGACACCACGAAGGUUCAUUGUUCAGUGCAAGAAAUUUGAUGGAUCCAGGCAGGGUACCAAUUGAGUUGUCACAAUUAACAAAUCCUGAGAGUUUGCUUAUAGCACGUGUGCACCCGACGAUGUCAGUAUAUAGGGUUAAAGGCCAACAGUACAAAUAUGGGGGAAAUGUCAUUAAUUUUGUGCAAGAUGUUAAUGUCAUCGCUAGUGUUCUUCCACACAAACCAAAAGAUUUGUCUGCAGUUUUGAUUAUAAAGAGGACCGGAAUGAAUUCAAACAAAGAGUUUGUUGUGCGGCGGGAAUAUGUACGGGAAGCUCUAUUGUGGCUGGAAAAAAAUCAUACAUAUUACCAUGGUAUAUCUAUCAGUGAUGGAAACAUCAAUGAAUUACCUGAGAAUGGCAUUCCCGAUGACCUUCCGGGUAUGGGUGGAAAUGAAGACCAACAAAGAAGCGAUAGUCUCUUCGGGGAACAAAGCAAUGAGGACGGGUACGAUGGACCUCCGGAGUUGCAAGACCAGAGUUUUCAUAUAAAUGAGUUUGAAACUGUUGGUACAAUUGGAGCGAUCGUACAACCAGAUCAACAAAGAUGUAUCAUAAGAGCUUUGGAGAGCGCCGAGGUAGAUCAAACCAUUGCAGACAUGUCGUUUACAGGUGAAGUUAUCGAUGAGUUUACAACAAAGAGGUAUAUCACCAUGGCGUUCCCGACUCUAUUUCCUUAUGGUACUGCUGAUUUGCUACAAUUGAGGCCUAGAAAAGUCCGUGAAUGCCAGUAUUUUCAAUACCUAAUGAAAUACAAGGAUGGGCGCUUCGUACGGGACUCGAGAUUCAGGUAUUUUGCACUAAAUUCAUUGACUAGGUGGCGUGCAUUGUCCUUAGGAUCCGUUUAUGUCAACAACAGUCCGCAAGAUGGUAACGAAAAAGCUGGGGUCUAA